UCUGUGUGUAUCUGUGAGCUGUCAGUACUUCCGGUGAGCUGAGCCGGUUUAGACCGGUCUGAGGAGAGACGUUGGUGACGGUUCUAGAGGACCGGCUCCGUCCUUCUGAGGGGGGCUCCGUAUUCGGGAAAUCCUCCAACAAGGCUUCACCAUGACACCUUCCCAGGUCUCCUUCUACAUCAGAGGGGCAACAGAGCCAGGGGAAGUCAUUGCACUGUGUGGGAGUAGUGAAGAAUUGGGUGCCUGGAAGCCACAAAAUGCCGUUAUGCUGCAGCCUGACCCCAAUGAUUGUAUGGUCUGGAGAACAAAUGUUACACUCCCAAAAGGAACUAAAGUACAAUAUCGAUAUUUCAAGGGCUUCUUUCUGGAACCAAGGAACACCGGCGGUCCAUGCCAAGUCAUAGUUCACAAGUGGGAGACCCAUCUACAGCCACGAUCGAUAAAUCCUUUAGAUGAUGAAACUUGCGUAGAUGAUGGAGAGUUUGGACUUCACAAUGGCGUUGAAACGGUGGAUUCCGGAUGGCUGACAUGUCAGACUGAGCUUAGAUUACGGCUACAUUUUUCAGAAAAACAACCCGUUUCUAUAACCAAGAAAAAAUUUAAAAAGUCUAGGUUUAGGGUGAAGCUGUCACUGGGUGGCUUUGAAGAAGAGGGCGAAGAUGAAGAUCAGGAAAAGCCCUCCCCUAUUUUUCUUCCAAAGAUGACUAGCACAUUUGAGAUCUCUUUAAUAAGCAACACAGAAUACCAGUCUCGGCAUUCCCAGCCAGAAUGUGGUUAUGGUCUCCAGCUUGACAGAUGGACGGAGUUCAGUAUACACACCAUGGAGCCAGACAACUUAGAGUUACUCUUUGACUUUUUUGAAGAAGACUUGAGUGAAGCUGUGGUACAGGGUGACGCACUCCCGGGUCAUGUGGGCACUGCUUGCCUGCUGUCCUCUUCUAUCAUUGAGACCGGAAAAAGUAACGGUGUCAUCACACUCCCAAUCAUGAGCAGGAACGGCAGGCAGGCGCUUGGAAAAGUUCGAGUUGACUAUAUUCUUAUAAAGCCAAUACAAGGUUAUUCCUGUGAAAUGAAAAGCUCUUUCUGCAAGUACUGGAAGCCAAGGACUCCACUUGAUGUCGGACACAGAGGAGCCGGCAACUCCACCACUACUGCAAAAUUGGCCAAAGUUCGAGAAAACACAAUAGCAUCAUUAAAGAGUGCCGCCAAUCAUGGUGCAGCUUUUGUUGAAUUUGAUGUUCAUCUGUCGAAAGACCACAUCCCAGUGAUAUAUCAUGACCUCACAUGCUGUAUAUCUAUGAAAAAGAAAGCUAAUGCUACAUCUCUGGAGCUGUUUGAGAUACCUGUGAAAGAGCUCACCUACGACCAACUUCAACUCCUAAAUCUGGCACAUGUGACUGCACUUAAAUCACAGUAUCUUCAUGAUUCUUUAGAUGAAGAAUGCUCUGUAUCGGACAGCCAGCCUUUUCCUUCCCUUCAAACGGUGCUGGAAUCUGUGCCUGAAGAUGUUGGAUUCAAUAUUGAAAUCAAAUGGAUCUUGCAAGAAAAAAAUGGUAAAUGGGAUGGUAAUUUAUCCAGCUACUUUGACAUGAACAUCUUCCUGGAUAUCAUUCUCGCGACUGUCCUGAAAAAUGCUGGCAGUCGAAGGAUUGUGUUCUCGUGUUUUGAUGCAGAUAUUUGCACAAUGGUCCGUCUCAAACAAAAUAAGUAUCCCAUCCUUUUUCUGACACAAGGGCAGUCCGAAAUCUAUCCAGAGCUCAUGGAUUUGAGAUCACGAUCAACUCCAUUUGCAAUGAGCUUCGCUCAGUUUGAAAAUAUUCUGGGAAUCAAUGUCCACACGGAAGAUCUGCUCAAAAAUCCACAUUAUAUACGUGAGGCGAAAUCAAAAGGCUUGGUUGUGUUCUGCUGGGGCGAUGAUACCAACGACCCGGAUAACCGGAAUCUGAUGAGAGAUUACGGAAUCGAUGGACUUAUCUAUGACAGAAUUUACGACUGGAAUCCUGAACAGCCAAACGUAUUCAAAGUUGAACAAAUGGAGCGUCUUAAGAAGGGUUUGCCCGUGGGAAUGCUUAGGAGCUGCUUGUGCUCAGUUGACCAAUACGUGUGCAAUUCAACCAACUGCUGCGGCAACCUUCUCUGCAUGGAUACCAACGGCGUCGCCAACCACAAGCUAGUUUAAGUUCAUCUGCACCUUCUCUAGCAAUCUCAGGGGCCAUAAUCAUCCUUUUGCUGUCCUAAAUGGGCAAAAGCGAAGCCAUCCGUUAUCCCCCAUUACACUCGUUACACCCUGAUGACUGUUGCUGUAUUAGCGUGUCUUUUUUUUUAUAUUUUUAUUGGCCAGACGUAGUUAUUAUCACAGUACUCUGCGAUCAAAGCUCUCAUCAGCCAACCAAUGCACUGGUAGAGAGGAUUUGUAUAGAAAUAAUUGAUGAGAUUGCUACUCCUUACCAUAGUACCUCAGAAGAGAAUGAUUCACUCUUUAUAUAACUUCAAGUGCAAUAUACACGCUGUGGACAGCGGCCUUCUGUGUGCACAGCGAUCUCUGUACUGUACACAUAACCAUGUCUGGCCACUGACCGAUUACCUCAUUUGCAGACUUUUGCACGGCUAAAUGCUUUGGCACAAAAUGAAUGUGCCACCCUGUCAUGAUAAAGUGUUUCUGGAUUCUGGUGCUUACAAGCUCUUUUAAAGUAUGUAGAGGCAUUAAAGAUGUUUUAUGUGCGUUCCCUCUCAAAA